AUGGCUAGUGAGGAGAGUUUCAUAGUGUUGGUUCACCACAGAGAAUCCAUUAAGAGAAAAACUCGUUCCGGUGUGAAGUUCACUGAUAAGAAUCCUCUCUAUAUUAUCGUCAGGCCUACGACAAGGUAUGAGGACCUUGUUAGCUCUGUACUGCUGAAACUUGGUCUAGAAGCCACGAUAGCCGGUUCUAGCUCCAGACCUGCCGUUGCAUCUUCCUCUGUCCCUGCGUACGAGCCACCCGUUCAACCUGUCGCCUCCCCUUCGUUCGCUGUUGAUCUCAACGGCAGUGUAGGCGACGAGGUCGGAGAAGAGGAAUAUCUAUGGACCUCUUUACAGUGUGCUGCACCAGCUGGGGUUGGAGAUGGAUUCUUGGAUGAUCCAGAGGACGAUGAUGUCGAGGCAGAUAUGAUUGUUGAUGACAGUGGCGAUGAUGUUGGAGCAAGAGGGGUUCCUGGGCAGCCGGCUAGAAUUGGCGCUAGAGAUGCUGAAGGGUCUGCAGGUCUGACAGAGUUUCAGGUUGGUCAGCAAUUUCCGGAUAAAGAAGAGGCCAUGUUAAUUGUUAAGACUUACAGCAUCUGUCAAGGAGUACAGUAUAAGGUCGUGGAGUUUGACUAUCGCCGGUAUGUGGGCAAGUGUUCUGAGUUCGGCAAUGGGUGCACAUGGUUGAUUCGGCUUAGUCUCCGACAGCGCAAGGGACUUUGGGAGGUCAAACGUUACAACGGACCGCAUACUUGUCUCGCCACCUCCAUUUUCAGCGACCACAUGAGUUUGGAUUACCAUGUGAUAUCGGCAUUCAUUAUGCCAAUGGUUAGGGCUGAUGCAUCUAUCAGCAUCAAGGUGCUCCUAAAUGCCACCGCCGUACACUUUGGGUUUAGGCCGACUUACAGGAGGGUCUGGUUGUCGAAGUAG